AUGGGUGGCUACCCCAAUCCACGCGACUGUUCCAAAUGUAUUUGUCCCGAUGGAUACGGAGGCCGUCUAUGUGAUGAAAAGCCAUCUGGAUGUGGUAAAGUUUAUAGAGCUAAAAGUAAAGUACAAAUUCUGGAGCAAGAUUUUGGAGAAAGUGGUGAGGAGUCAGAUGAUUUUACAAAGUGCACUUUUUGGAUCAAGGCUGACAAAGGCAGAAAGAUAGAGAUGAGACUUAAAGAUGCCGUCGCUGAAGUUACAUCCGACAGUGGCUGCGUUUUUUGCGGGAGUAGAAAUCAAACUUUAGAAAGAUCAGCUCCUAACGGGUUACAGAUUCUGCACAAACAAGGUGGAGAGGACAAAGUGUUCGUUUCAAAAACUGACACAGUUCCCGUCAUUCUCUAUCGAUCGAUGGGAAUGGUGAUGGCUACUCUGGAGUAUCGCAUGAGUAUGUUUUGA